GCGACUUUGAUUAAGUUUUCUUCAAUCAUUUGUUGUUAUUUUUUGUAGUUCUCAGUGAGUACUGAAUACCUCUUAGAUUCCUGCUUCAUCAAAUCAUACAUUAAUGUGUCCUGCCAUUUAGCAGACUGUCUACUAAGUUAGAUAGUUUUUCUCCGCCUUCAUCACUUUGGAUAGACCUCCUGGAGUCGACGUCUAUCUAAACGACAAGAAAAACAUGACAUCGUCUCUUGGCAGAGCAGACACACCCUGAGCAAAGGAGCGGUAGCAAUCGAGGAAAUGCUGCUGUUCCCUUCACUUUUGCGUUGGCACCAAAAUGUCAGUGGACUACAAUGUCGCCGAGAAGAGCGGAGAGUUGGAGUCCUGUUGCGAGCGGGCCCAUCUGCCUUGCGCUCGUGUGCUGCAGUCGCACUACUGUCGUCGGCAUUUAGCGUGACUCCACUGCACAUCGGUUUGUACGCUGCUGCAAAGCAGACAGAGCACAGCAGGGAUGACCAGGGUACAUAUCUGAUAUACAAAAUGUGGAUCAUCCCUUUGUUGAGCAACUUCUCUGUGUGUCGUUGUGCUACUUCUAGUCACUGACCGUCAUCAUCAUGAACAUGAUCCUUCUCAAAUCUUUUCGACACAUAGGUUAUUGAUUUGAAAAUCAUAUUCAAUUCUUCUCUAGUCCUUCUCGCGAAAACCUCCAAACAGCCCCCCCGCGGGAGCGCAAACCACCUGACAUCAAUGAUGCUACGGAGCUGACCGACACCGACAGGCCAGAAGGUGAAGACCCCCAUAAGGCGGCGAGUUUUGUCGUAAUCUCAACAGGCGAAGCAGAGCGAGUCGCUGAGACUGCGACUGGUGACCACAUUGACCAGCAGAUAGCAGAAGUAGACCAAAUGAUCGCACAGAUAAGGCAGAUGAGCACGGUGGGAGUGGACGCGCAGGGAGAGACUGAAGGAGGAGGACUAAACGGCAUGAAGACAAAGCUAGAAAUGCUGCGCACGCAGGUAGAACAGCUACCACGAGUACUGCAGACGAUGUUGUCAGAAGUCAACUCUGAAAAUUACAACAGCAGGGUCCUCCAGGCAGAAUCGAGCGAGCCGGUCCAAGCAUAUGGCGACGCAAUUGAUGAGCUGAAACGGUCAAUCACGAUCAUCGAGUCGCGGCUAGAGGAGGUGGAACGCGAGGCAGUAGAAUCAAAACAACUGGUAGAGCCGUCGCAGGUGAAAAAACACGAGGAUUUGGCUUCAGGUUCAGGAAAUCAUAUUAGUGUGAGCACCAGAUCUUCAGGAGUAGAAAUGAGUGGGAGGCUGAGUCAGAUGGAAAAGCUACAAGAGCAGCGACAACAGCAGCGAGAAGAAAUGCAGAACUUGGUAGACAAGCAGACACAACAGACAAAAGAACUAGAAGCUUCACUGCAGGUAGCUCUUCAAGCUGUAGCACCAGAGGAACUACAGAACAAGCUGUCAACACAUUCUUCUACUUCUCCAUCAGUGGAAGUCAGCAUCGUUUCGGGUCUGCCUCGGCCGCCUGCAUUUUUGGAUUGGAAAAGCUCAAAAGUAGAAGCUCAAAGUCUGACAGUAAAUGUACAGAUGCGUAGUAGUGUUCCUGAUCCAUUUCGGAAAUACGUCAUCAAGAUCGAAGUGCCUGUGCCAUCCAAGGAAAAGCAGAGCAGCGAACCAGCGUGGUCUUUGACGGAACAACUCGCGCUUUUCAAAAAUGACGCGAUUAUGGUGAAAUUAUGCCGCUAUCGGUACACGGGGCACGAAAAUGAUGAUACACUCGGGAAUUUUGGCGUAGCGAAAUGGGCCGACUUUCAGAAACAGAUUCGGGGAGGUGAGCUUGGUCAGCCUUUUCGCUACGUCAGAGUAUCAGGUUUCAGCCAGUUCGAACCGGCUGGCACACUCUCGUAUGGUGGUAUCAAUGAUGCUGCGGUGACGGGACUCGCAAAUUUACUUAAGUCCGCUAAGCAGAUGUACGAGUAUGAUUUCCACGUAGUGUGUGAAACUGAGUCGGCGACCUGGCCGUUUGGCUCCAAACCGUAUGAGGAGUACAGCAGGAUCUCUGUCAAAUUUAUGUGGGUGGAAGUUUCGGUUGUCCCUGAGACUGUCAUAUGAUCCGAAGAUACCGACUCAAUUUCGAUAUUAGAUUCUGAAACACAGUGUCCAAGUUCAUGGCGAUCAGUGCCAUUAGAACAGUGACGAACACGUUCGACGAAGAUCAUAUACAACUUUUCCAGUGUAUCUCUGUUCUUCUGCUAUUUUUGAGACGAAAAGACGAGCGUGAAGAUGGUCC